GCCUGAAUCGCGCGGCUUUGUUUGUGAGUGGAAUGAGGCGUGGUUUAUAAGAUGGAGUGUCGGCCUUUCAUCAUUUUCAUCCCUAUUUCCCUCAUGUGCAUCAGUCACGGCCUUUCGUCGCGGGACUCCCACGCAAGAGGCCGGCAUGCCCUGCCCAAGGCCGCCUACUCGUCUGCGUGGAAGUCGCUCUUUCGCCGCAUGGUCAGGAAGGGGGCCCUCAUGUCGACGCGCUACCCCUCGUCCUCGAGCAAGCGCCGUCCAGCACCGCAGACGCACUCAGCACCGCAAGACGGGCGGGCAACAGUCACUGAUGACGGCGCAGUCCCCUCCACAUCUCAUCAGCGGAGCUGGUAUGAGUUUUUUGAGGGCACCUACCGCAACUCGACAACUGCCAGCGCACCGUUCUUCUAUGGCUGGUGCUUCCGCAUGGUGGACAUCACUCGCAACCGCACGGCCACCGUCAUUAUCGGAUCGUUCAUCGCCAACCAGCGGCCAAAAGAGGGCGAGGCACGGCCGUCGUUCGCCAGCCACUAUGUGUUUGCGGGUUUCUCUGACACGGACGGCACCUUCCACACCGAGCAUGCCUUCCCCUGCCCCAUGGCACCGUCGGCAGUGCGGCUAUCACUCGACGGACAAGACUUCCUCUCACCACAGAUGCGCGGCUGCCCCUCGCUGAGGACGUUCAAACGGGUCGAGUGGCGCGCACCAGACGUCGGGCAUUUCGUCAUCGAUCGCACCAAGGGCCAGGCGCAGCUGGACAUCCUCACCGACGGCCUGCACGUCCGCCUCAACGCGUCACGACCGCUCGGAUGGACCGACCGGCUGCUGGCAGUGACCAACCGCACCAAAGUGUGGCCGGCCGACUUCGCCAAUUCGGCGCCUGUAUCUCUGUGCAAUGCGGGCAGCACGCCUGAGGGGUGGCUGGCGCACACGCCGCUGCUGCCGCUGCACUAUGACGUGGUCAUGCUGGGCUCCGAGACCGACUAUGAGAUUUGUCUAAAGCGCGGCAAGGGGGUGGCCCCGCCGGCAUUUCGGCCAACUGCCGCCCCGCCCCUCCCCUCUCUGCCCGACUCUAUGCCGCGGCCUGCUGCUCCUCCUACCGCAGUCCAGCCGCAGGCGGCAGAGACCCCGGGCAAAGACGAGACCAAGGGCAAAGCCACACGUCAAGGGAACACGACAAGGGAAGCUAAGGCGGGCCGUGUUCGUGAUGCGGUUGCUGGUAUCGGGAAGCUCUCAAGACGGCUGCCAGCCCGUGCAGAGGUGUCGGUGAGGCCGACAGCUGUCGAUGACGGGAAGGAGGAGAAUAACGAUUCGGGUGCGUACCCGGGCCGCCGGAUGGAGAUGGACUGGACCGUCAGGUGGUCGGUGCCGCUGCCGGGGGGCGGCAACAGGAAGAAGCGGCACAAAGACCAAGCAGACGACCCGACGGCUGCAGAAAGCGAUGAAGGGCAAUCGGGGAACAGAAGGAAACGGCUGCGUUUUCUGCGUCACCUGAUGCCAUUCAGGAGGCGGGAUGCUGCUGAGGCGUCCACCGCCAGCGGCCGCCGGGGCUCUUUUCGUGACCGGAGGCGGCGGUUUAUGCGUCUGGGCAAGGGGAGAAGACGGCGUGACGCUGCGCCCCGUGACGAGACCCCGCCUUUCUUCAUGAGUGAUGGUUUGGGUCUGACUCUGCAGCAGGACUGGCACCCGCCCAGCCCACACAAACGAUACAUAUUAGGUACGGUACACACACAUCCAUCCAUUCAUCCAUCAGAGGGAGGGAGGGAGCUCCCUUAUUCCAUCACAGCUCAGCUUGUCUGUCGUGUUGUCAUGUCAGGCCGUGGGUCGACUCAUUUGGAGGCGAAUUGGGGCGACAUGUUUCCCUCCGGCUGGACCUGGGCGCAGGGAUGCGCACGCACCGCCCUCCCCCCCUCCCCCUCCCCCCAACCACUUGUCCACUCGAGCAGCAGCAGCGACGUGCAGCUGCUGCUGACGGGCGGCAUCUUCCGCAUCGGCCCCAUCUCGCCCCUCUCAUGGGUGGUCGCCUACAGGUCCCCCUUCGUCCAGUGGGACUUCCGCACAACCGACCUCCACAGAGUCGAGUACGCCAUAUCCUCAGCCCAGCGGCGGGUGCGCCUCGUGUGCGAGUCACGGCCCGACCGGCAUGGCUACUACCGGCGGCUGAUGAUUGCUCUAGAGGCGCCGCUGUGGUCCUUCACCGACCCGCCCAUCUCGAUCCCCACACCAGAGGGCUUCAGCGACAGGCCGGGGUGUGUGGAGUCCCAUGUUGCACGGGCGGACGUCAAGGCCUUCCUUGUCAACCAGGAGGACGGCAGGUGAGCAGAGCAGUGCAGAAGACCACACAUGGACGACCAUCGAUCGUCCAUGUGCAUCGUUGUUACAUAUCGUGUGUGCAGGUCGGGUUUGAUAGAGCAGCGGACGGUCCCUCUGUGUGCGUUGGAGUUUGGCGGCAUGUUCCAGGGGCUUGAGCGGACCUCUAAGGGCUUCGAUGCCCUCUGGAAAGACACCACUAAUGAGCACUAGCGGGGGGCAGGGAGUCAAUUGAAGUAUGC